AUGGCUAGGCCCUGUGCUUUCCUGAUUGCCCUGGUGGUGAUGAUGUACUGGUCAACCUGCUCUCUAGGAUGUGCCCUGCUUCAGCAACAAAGCCUCAGGAACAAGAGAGCCUUAACAUUCCUGACUCAAAUAAGGAGAUUUUCCCCUGUCUCUUGCUUGAAAGACAGAAAGGACUUUGGAUUCCCUUUGGAGAAGAUGGAUGCCCAGCAGAUCCAGAAGACUCAAGCGAUCCCUAUUCUAUAUGAGCUGACCCAGCAGGUCCUGAACAUCUUCACAUCAAAGGACUCAUCUGCUGCUUGGGAUGCAACCCUCCUUGACUCAUUCUGCAAUAAUCUCCACCAGCAGCUCAAUGACCUCAAAGCCUGUUUGAUGCAGCAGAGUGGGGUGCAGGAACCUCCCUUGACUCAGGAAGACUCCCUGCUGUAUGUGAAGGAAUACUUCCACAGGAUCUCUGUGUACCUGAGAGAGAAGAAACACAGCCCCUGUGCCUGGGAGGUGGUCAGAGCAGAAGUCUGGAGAGCCCUGUCUUCCUCAGCCAAAUUGCUGACAAGACAGAGUAAGGAGGAGUGA